AUGAAAAGGAAAGAGGAUAUUGCAGCUAUUAGACAAAACUGGGACAGUAUGAUUAGAAGCAAGAAUUUCUCCAUGACCAGAAUCUAUCACUGCCUUAUUCAAGACUCAACCCCUGGUAUCAGUUGGCACCACUUAAUGUGCCAUAACAUCGCCAGACCCCGUGCCAAAAUCACGCUUUGGCUUUGCUACCACGGUCGUUUGGCAACAAAGGAGAGACUCUACAAACUAGGGCUACUGAAGGAUACUAAAUGUGAACUAUGUGGACACGAUGUGGAGUCUAUUGAUCAUACUAUAUUCACCUGUAAGUAUGCCACUGUUAUUUGGGAAGCUAUAUGCCACUGGAUGCAAAUCAAUGCUAAACUUUUCAACCUCAAUUGGAUUAAUUCUUGGACUCAUGGUAAGGGAUGGAGGAAAGGCAUGUUCAAAGCCUUGGCAGCUGAAACCAUUCAUGCUAUAUGGACACAAAGAAAUUACUACAUCUUUCAUAGAGACACUUAUACCAUAGAUAGUGAUAGAGUAGUUAAAAAUAUUAUAGAUGCUGUUGUUUAUAGAGGAUGGAAGUACACCAUCUAUAGGAGCAAGAUUGUUAUAUUACUUAUGUAA